AUGAUGGCGCUAAUGGUUCACCUGAGGACGGUCGAUCACCUGCGGGGGAAAGGGGACCGGGUCGCCAAAGUUACGUUCAGAGGUCUGCCCUUCUACAGUCGCGUGGCAGAGAACUGUGAGGAGGUGGCCCACUUCAAUGAGACAUUUCGAUGGCCCAUUGCCAGCAAGCUUGAUGGAAACGAGAUGCUGGAGAUCCAAGUGUACAACUACAGCAAAGUCUUCUCCAACAGACUGGUGGGGACUUUCUGCAUGGUGCUUCAGAAGGUGGCUGUAGAGGGACACCUGGAGCUGACUGACACACUCAUCGAUGAUAACAACACAUCGAUAAAGACCAGUGUUACUAUAGAGAUCAGAUACCAGUCGAUGGACGGCACAGUGGGAAUGUGGAGCGACGGGGAGUUCCUGGAUGUGCCUGACGACCGGGAGGGGAUGUUUACAUUUGAAACCGACAGCUUGCUAUCCGGACGGAGCCACGGGUCAGGGACGUCCCCUGGUCGGACCUUACAGGGAUCCAUACCGACCUUCAGAAAGGCAGGGAAGGGAGUUUUCUCAGCCAUGAAGCUCGGCAAGAUGAAAAGCUCUAAAGACGAUCACAAGAGAGGAGAUGAGCCGGCAGUCCUGGAAAUGGACGACCUGGACAGAAAGGCGAUCCGUCUUGCUGGAACAUUGGACCCAGACACCAUCUCCCUGGCCUCUGUCACCGCCGUCACCACCAACGUCUCAAAUAAGAGGUCAAAGCCAGAUAUAAAGAUGGAACCGGGCUCUGGACGACCAGUGGAUUAUCAGAUCAGCAUCACUGUGAUCGAGGCCCGGCAGCUGAUAGGCCUCAACAUGGACCCUGUGGUGUGUGUGGAGAUCGGAGACGACAAGAAGUACACAUCCAUGAAGGAGUCCACCAACUGCCCAUACUACAAUGAGUAUUUUGUCUUUGACUUCCACGUCCCUCCCGAUGUCAUGUUCGACAAGAUCAUCAAGCUCUCAGUGAUUCACUCCAAAAACCUCCUCCGGAGUGGGACCUUGGUGGGCACAUUUAAGAUGGAUGUUGGGACUGUUUACUUCCAGCCUGAACACCAGUUCUACCACAAGUGGGCCAUCCUGUCUGACCCUGAUGACAUCACAGCUGGAUGUAAAGGAUAUGUAAAGUGUGACAUCGCCGUGGUGGGAAAGGGCGACAACAUCAAGACCCCACACAAGGCCAACGAGACCGAUGAAGACGACGUAGAGGGAAACCUCCUGCUCCCAGAGGGCAUCCCAGCGGAGAGGCAGUGGGCGAGGUUCUAUGUGAAGAUCUACCGUGCAGAGGGGCUCCCGAAAAUGAACACCAACAUAAUGGCGAAUGUGAAAAAGGCUUUCAUCGGAGAGAACAGAGAUCUGGUGGACCCCUACGUUCAAGUGCAGUUCGCUGGGCAGAAAGGGAAGACGUCUGUCCAGAAGAGCAGCUAUGAACCGAUCUGGAAUGAGCAGGUGGUCUUCACUGAGCUCUUCCCUCCGCUCUGCAAACGCCUGAAGGUCCAGAUCCGAGACUCGGAUAAGGUCAACGACGUUGCCAUAGGAACUCAUUUUAUUGACCUGCGCAAGAUAUCGAAUGAUGGCGAUAAAGGGUUCCUGCCCACCAUGGGCCCGGCCUGGGUCAACAUGUACGGCUCCACCCGUCAGUACACUCUGAUGGACGAGCACCAGGACCUGAAUGAGGGACUUGGAGAAGGGGUUUCCUUUAGAGCCCGUCUUCUGCUCUCCAUCGCAGUGGAGAUCCUGGACACCACUUCCCCUGAGAUCCUCAGCUCCACUGAGGUUCAGGUGGAGACUGUGUCCAACAUCUCAGAGAGCGCCACAGGGAAAAUAGAGGAGUUCUUCCUCUUCGGUUCCUUCCUGGAAGCCACCAUGAUCGACAGGAAGAUUGGUGACAAGACGAUACGUUUUGAAAUUACCAUAGGUAACUAUGGCAACCAGAUAGAUGGUGUAAGCAAGCCCUCGUCAGCGAAGAAGAAGAAGAAGAAAGAUGCGGAGAACGAAGAGGAGGAGAGUGAUCUCAUUCACAACUCUAGCGAGGACGAGGCGGACGAAGACGGAGACAUGGUCUCAGUGUCCUCCACUCCACUCAUGAGGCCCGUCAUUACAGACAGAAAUUACUUUCAUCUUCCCUACUUUGAAAAGAAGCCGUGUGUCUACAUCAAGAGCUGGUGGCAGGACCAACGGAGACGACUCUACAACUCCAACAUGAUGGACAAGAUCGCUGACAAGCUGGAGGAGGGUUUGAAUGAUGUUCAGGAGGUCAUUAAGACGGAGAAGGCCUUUCCAGAGCGCAGGCUCAGGGGCGUGCUGGAGGAGCUCAGCGUUGGCUGCAGUCGCUUUGUGAUUCUGGCUAACAAGGACGUGAACCAGGCAGGCAGAACCAAACUGGAUCGAGAACGGCUCAAGUCCUGCAUGAGGGAAAUGGACAGCAUGGGUCAACAGGCCAAGCAGAUUCGGACUCAGGUGAAGAAGAACACGGUCAGAGACAAACUCAAGCUGGCGCAGAACUUCCUGCAGAAGCUCCGUUUCCUCGCUGAUGAGCCUCAGCACAGCACACCAGAUGUUUUCGUCUGGAUGAUGUGUAACAACAAGCGCAUCGCUUACGCCCGGAUUCCCUCCAAAGACAUCCUGUACUCCAUGGUGGAUGAGGAAACUGGUAAAGACUGUGGUAAAGUCAAAGCCGUCUUCCUCAAGCUGCCUGGUAAGAAGGGCUUUGGUCCUGCAGGCUGGACCGUUCAAGCUAAGCUGGAGUUGUAUCUAUGGCUGGGCCUCAACAAGCAGAGGAAGGACUUCCUCAGCGGUUUGCCCAACGGGUUCGAAGAGAUUCAAGCUGCCAAUAUGGGCCCCGGUCUUCAGCCUGUCCCUCCUGUCAGCCUCGUCUACAACAUGAAGCAGGUGUUCCAGCUGCGAGCACACAUGUACCAGGCCCGCAGUCUGUUUGCCGCUGACAGCAGUGGCCUUUCAGAUCCCUUCGCUCGGGUCUUCUUCUCCACACACAGCCAGGUCACCGAGGUCCUGAGUGAGACCCUUUGUCCCACGUGGGAUCAGCUGCUGGUGUUCGACGAUGUGGAGUUGUUCGGGGAGGCCAGCGAGCUGAGAGACGACCCUCCGAUCAUUGUGAUCGAGAUCUUUGACCAGGACACUGUGGGCAAGGCAGAGUUCAUAGGUCGGACGUUUGCGAAGCCCACCAUCAAGAUGUGUGACGAGUACUACGGCCCGCCGAGGUUCCCGCCGCAGCUGGAGUACUACCAGGUUUACAGAGGGAACUGCACCGCGGGGGAGCUGCUGGCUGCCUUCGAACUGCUGCAGAUUCCUUUCGAUUCGGAGGAGAUCAGGCGAGCUCUCAUCGCUGUCCAUAACUUUGCUGUGCCUCAAAUAAAGAUUGGUCGAGGAGGCAGAGCUGACCUCCCUCCCCUUGAGGGCCCAACAGACUCAGAGCAUGGGCCCAUUCUUCCUGUGCCAUUGGGCAUCAGACCCAUCUUGAGCCGCUACCGCAUUGAAGUUUUGUUCUGGGGGUUAAGGGACCUUAAGAGGAUUAACUUGGCUCAGGUGGAUCGGCCUCGUGUGGAUAUAGAAUGUGCAGGUAGAGGUGUUCAAUCUGCCCUGAUCCAGAACUACAAGAAAAACCCCAACUUCAGCACUUUGGUCAAAUGGUUUGAGGUGGACCUUCCGGAGAAUGAGCUCCUGCACCCCCCUCUCAACAUCCGGGUGGUGGACUGUCGAGCGUUUGGCCGGUACAUCCUGGUGGGCUCGCACGCUGUCAGCAGCCUGAGACGCUUCAUCUACAGCGCCCCGGACAAGAGCUCCAACAACUGGGCCACUGCAGCUAAGCUAAUGAACGGCUACAUGGUCCUUGCAAAUGGCGGCUCGACGCCUCGCUCCUCACCCAGCGUUUCCUCCCGCACCUUCUCUCGCCCCGCAGGUGACUUGAUGGUCAACAUGGACGGGGAACCUCUGGGCAGAAACACAGUCGUCAAGUUGGACGCCAUGUCUGAUGCUGUCGUAAAAGUUGACAUGGCUGAGGAGGAGAUCGACAAAGACAAGAAGAAGAAGAAGAAGAAAAAGAAGGGAGGAGUCGAGGAAGAGGAAGAGACGGAUGAGAGCGUGCUGGACUGGUGGUCCAAAUAUUUUGCCUCGAUAGAGACGCUGAAGGAGACCCUCAGAGCUCAGGAGGCGGCUCAGGCGGAGGCGGAGGAGAGAGAGGACCUGGAGAUAGCAGCAGAGGGGGCAGAAAUCAAACCCGAUGACCCUCUUCUGAAAGGCUCCAAGACAAAAGAGAAGAGCAAAGACAAGAGGAGCUCCAAGGACAAGAAGAGGAGUCAGGCCGCGGACGGGGCCGAGAAACGACCAGUCAAAGCGAGAGUUGACGAGUUGAUGGUUUACAACAAGGAGCUGGAGAGCGAGUACGGCAACUUUGAAGACUGGCUUCACACCUUCAACCUGUACAGAGGUAAAGCAGGGGACGACGACGAGCAAGCUCUGGACGACGACAGGAUUGUGGGCAGAUUCAAGGGAUCCCUGUGUAUGUACAAGCUGCCUCUGUCGGAGGAGAUCACCAGAGAGGCAGGGUAUGAUCCUAACAUGGGAAUGUUCCAGAGCAUUCCACAUAACGAUCCAAUCAACGUGCUCGUCCGCGUCUACGUGGUCAGGGCUACAGAUCUUCAUCCUGCUGAUAUCAAUGGGAAGGCUGAUCCGUACGUUGCCAUCAAACUGGGCAAGUCAGAGGUCAAAGACAAAGAGAACUACAUCUCCAAACAGCUCAACCCUGUGUUCGGCAAAUCAUUUGACAUCGAGGCCACCUUCCCCAUGGAGUCCAUGCUGACGGUGUCUGUGUACGACUGGGACCUGGUCGGCACUGACGACCUGAUCGGAGAGACGAGAAUCGACCUGGAGAAUCGUUUCUACAGCAAAUACAGAGCCACCUGCGGCAUUUCAUCCAACUUCUCUCUGCACGGAUACAACGUGUGGCGGGACCCUCUGAAGCCCAGUCAGAUCCUGGCCAAGCUCUGUAAGGACGGUAAGAUCGAUGGACCUCAUUACGGACCUGGAGGCAAAGUCAAGGUCGCGAGCCGAAUAUUCACGGGACCAACGGAGAUAGAAAAUGAGAAUGGUUUGAAGAAGCAGACCGAGGAGCAUUUGGCCCUGACAGUGCUGAACCACUGGGAGGAGAUCCCGAGGGUGGGCUGCAAACUCGUCCCCGAGCACGUGGAGACCAGACCCCUGCUGAACCCGGACAAGCCCGGCAUCGAACAGGGCCGUAUUGAGAUGUGGGUCGAUAUGUUUCCUAUGGACAUGCCGGCUCCUGGACCUGCGAUUGACAUCGCGCCACGGAAACCAAAGAGAUAUGAGCUCAGGGUGAUUAUUUGGAAUACAGACGAAGUAAUACUGGAGGACGAUGAUUACUUCACUGGGGAAAAGUCCAGUGACAUAUUUGUCCGGGGGUGGCUGAAGGGGCAGCAGGAGGACAAGCAGGACACAGACGUCCACUAUCACUCGCUGACCGGCGAGGGCAACUUCAACUGGCGCUUCGUCUACCCCUUCGAUUACCUCAUGGCCGAGGAGAAGAUCGUCAUCUCCAAGAAGGAGUCCAUGUUCUCCUGGGACGAGACCGAAUACAAGAUCCCUCCUCGCCUCACGCUGCAGGUGUGGGACGCCGACCACUUCUCUGCAGACGACUUCCUGGGUGCCAUUGAGCUGGACCUGAACCGGUUCCCCCGCGGCGCCAAGACGGCCAAGCAGUGCUCGCUGGACAUGAUCCGAAAUGAGCAGGAGCUUCCCACCAUCUCCAUCUUCAAACAGAAGAGAGUUAAAGGCUGGUGGCCGUUCGUGGCCCGUGAUGAGAACGAUGAGAUGGAGCUGACGGGGAAAGUUGAGGCCGAGCUUCACCUGGUGACGGCGGAAGAAGCAGAGAAGAGUCCUGUGGGACUCGGCCGAAAUGAACCGGAUCCACUGGAGAAACCAAACCGCCCGGACACCAGUCUAAUGUGGUUUCUGACUCCCCUGAAGUCCAUUCGUUACUUCCUCUGGCACAACUACCGCUGGCUGAUCCUCAAGGCCCUGGGGCUGAUGCUGCUGCUGCUCAUGCUGGCCCUCUUCCUCUACUCUGUCCCUGGCUACCUGGUGAAGAAGAUGCUGGGGGCCUGACGCGCUGCCGCCCAGACACCACCUUCCUGUGGUUCCUGAGCCCGCUGAAAGCCAUCCGCUACCUGGUGUGCAACCGCUACAAGUGGCUGAUCAUCAAGAUCGUGCUGGCCCUGCUGCUGCUCAUCAUGCUGGGCCUCUUCCU